AUGGGUCGGAAACUAGGGCUCGUGCGAGCUAUAUACCUGGUGGCAGCAAGUUGCAUGGGCUCGUUUGCAUUUGCAUUUGACACAGGCGUUAUCAGUGGUGUCCUCUCACUCGAUUCCUUCCAGCGAGACUUCGGAUUCGCCGACCAUACCAAAGCACAAAAGACAACGAUCAACUCCAACGCCGUUUCCAUCCUCCAAGGCGGAGCCUUUUUCGGCUGUUUCCUCAUAUCGCCCAUCGCAUCAUGGCUCGGUCGUCGCACGGGUCUGAUAAUCAGCUCAGUAAUCUUCACGAUUGGCACGAUUCUUCAGGUCAUCAACACCGGUACACUGGGGACGUUCUAUGCCGGGAGAGUGAUUGCAGGACUUGGAAUUGGAGCAGCGACAGUCUUGAUCCCGAUGUACUCAGCAGAAAUGUCACCGAAAGAGAUUCGCGGCCGACUCGGUGCCUGCUUCCAGCUAUUCUUUGCGCUGGGAGUGACGGUUGCAUACUGGGUGACUUAUGCUGUCUCGUAUGACCAGUCCGACGGCACUAGCCAAUGGCAGACCGCACUGGGAUUGCAGCUGCUUGGUUCUACCUUGUUAAUGGCAGGGAUGUGCACCGUCAAGGAGAGUGCGCGAUGGCUAGCUGCGAAAGGCCGGACGGAGAAAGCACGCGAGUCAUUGAAGUGGGUGCGUGGCGGCGAAGAGACUCCAGAGUUACAGCAGGAGUUUGACGAGAUCUUGGCUGGGAUUGAAGAGGAAGCGCGUGUCAAGGAGAAUCUCACUUUCAAAGAACUGCUCCUUCCCGCUAAUCGAUACCGGCUCUUCAUCGCCGUGACUAUCCAGCUUAGUGCCCAGCUAACGGGUAACACGUCGCUGGCGUAUUACGCGACCCAGAUCUUUAGUUCCGUUGGAGCUGGCAGCGCAGCGAAAUUGGUGACUGGAUUUUUCGGGGUGGUCAAGGUGGUCGGCGUAUGUAUUUUCCAGUUGUUCGUUCUGGACCGUGUGGGCCGCCGCGUGCCAUUCAUGGGCGGCGCCUUUGCAAUGGGGUCUUUCAUGUUGAUCAUUGCUAUCAUUCUGGCUACACAUCCUGUCAGCUCGAAUAGCACCGCCUCUGGUCCGAGCUCCGCUGGCAUUGCAUGCAUUAUCAUGACCUAUGCGGAGGCGUUCAGCUACAACAUGUCAUGGGGUCCGCUGCCUUGGUUGUAUGUUGGCGAGAUUUUCUCAAGUCGUACGCGAGAACUGGGUCUUUCGGUUGGUGCGGCCUCACAGUGGUUAUUCAAUUUCAUGAUGUCUCAGGUCACUCCACACGCAAUCACGAAUAUUGGCUGGCGCAUGUUCCUGAUGUUUGCCAUAUUUAAUUAUGCGAUCAUUGUGUACGCAUGGCUAGUUUUGAAAGAGAUGCAGGAUGUUUUCGGCGGAAACGCGGCAGAGAAGAAGCUUGGACUAUCGGAUGGGCAACACGAGCACACAUAG